GUCUGUGAGUGUGUACUAAACGCCUGCCGUCCUGCAAAAUGUAUUGUGAGAAUGUAGUAUUAAGUUGAUAUAAUCUUUUAUAAAACCUCCUGGAUUACAAUCAAGUUAUGUCCACAUGGAUUUGACAUUUAUUGAGAUACCUGAAUGAUGCUCAAGGAUGAGUGCAGAGUUUCAGGAGUGUGCCCUGGGGACCAGAGCACACUACCAAGCAAAAAGACUCUUCAAGGGCAAGUGUCUUCUGCCUAUGCCUGAAAAGUGCUGUGAUAAAGCAGACCUCAAACCUAAAAACCUUCCCCAGCAUCAUCACAGUGUAAAUUUGUCUGUAAUGUUGGGUCAACCUAAAAAAUCUCCCAGACAGCAUAUGACGGAAACGCAUCGAAAAAUAAUUCUGGACCAGUGGGGCCCACAAGAGAGGAAGGACUUAAAGACAAAACAUUUCCUGCAUACAGAAAAGUCUAUACAAAGAGAUGAGACAGAACAGGAUGUUGUUCUUGACCAGGUGGAUGAGUUGGGAUGCGGAGAUGAGCUGGCACAGGGAAUUGACUUAGAUUUGGUGGAAGGUUUAGAAGAAAACAAGUCAGAGGAAGAGUCGACUGUGCUUCACUCUGAUUCAUGCUAUAAGAGAGAAACAGAUUAUAAUGAAGUGGCAGAGCAGAUGCAAGUUGACCAAAGAGCAUGGGGAUGGACUGAAAAUAGUGUAUUGACAUCAUAUAAAAGAUCAAGUGAUGCUCAUUUGGCUCCUAAUGGAAUUUCUAAACAAAUAACAGGGAUGUUGACUGGCAUAUUAUUCAACGACAACAUUCGUGUGGAUAAAACGUCCCUUGAUGGAUUUUACCCCAAUCAAAUCUACACGAAUGGCAUGUUUUCACAUGAAGACACAGAUGAGAUGUUCCCAGACAUCUGUGAUGCAGGUGAGGCAUUGGCGGACAAAGAUGGACUUUCUGAGUGUGACCUCUUUGACCACAUGGAUCCUCUUCUAGUAACAGAGACAGCGAAGAAUGUUGGAGAUGUUAUUGCGAUCAGCAUUGAAGAGGGAUCGGACAGCUCUGUUCUGUCUUCAUCUUCCAUUGAGGAAGAUGACGAUGAAGUGCAGCAGGAAAUCGAGAAAAUGGACGAACAAGGAAAUCAUUUGUCAGACAUAAGUUCUUCAAGGUAUCUCGAAGGAGAUCGUCUGUCUGUCUCAAGUUCUCAGACGUCAGAUACUGUCCCAGAUGCAAAUGAAAAGUGUUGUAGCAAUGAUGAAGUGGAGCAAAAUUAUGCUCUUAAUGAGCAAGCCACCCUAUCACUGGCUGCUGACUGUGACCUUAAGGUCACCCUAAAUCCUGACCUCAACAGUAUCCUUUCACUUGUUCAACAGCUGCCUGAAACUAACCAUCAAACUUUAACACAGAACAAAGCGGAAGACAACAUUAUGCAAGAAGAAGGGGUUAUAAAGAACCGAGACACGAAGGAACUGGACCAAACUGUUAUUACAGUAGAGGAUUUAUAUGAAGAGACAGAGCCCAUAAUGCAAGCAAAGGGCUUCCUGCAGAACAGGAAGUACUUUAUGACUCGCUCUAUAUCUGUGGAAACCCCCAGUAAAAACCUUGACCUAUCAAGUAUCCCAGCAUCAGGAAAUGGGCGACUUUUGCUACACCCACGUUCCUUCUAUACAGACCAUUGUUUUAUUGGAGAUAGCAGGCCUGCACUGACUGGCUCAUUGGGAUGUCUUUCUCAACGUUUCCACACCUCAGCAAAUGUAGAUAAAAUGUCAAAAUUGGACAUACCGCCACCAUUUGAACUGGCUUCCAUCACAAAGCGUCCAAUCAGAAAGAGUUCCCCAUCCCUGUCGAGCGAAAUCUUAGCCACUUGCAAAAAGCCUGAUUUCGGGUUGAAGCGUUACCUUUUGCCUUUACGAUUCCUGAGGAAAUCUGAUCGGAAAAGCCCCAUCGAUAACCGCUCGAUCUCUUCCAGGUCCUCCUCUGAGUCUAGCCCACAAGGGUCUUGCAAACGCUUGGAUUUUAUCAGGCAUAACAUGGGCAGCCCCGAGUUGCACAGAGCUCCAGAUUGUACAUCACCUAUGUCCCCCUCUUCCUUUGUCUUUCACAAGAAUAGGCAGAAAACAGGACUAAACUUAAUGCUUCAUAAAGAUUUGGCUUCCAGCACCACUUCUAUAGGGCCUGAUAAUAUGUUUCAUCCCCUUUUUGAACCCGUACCAUUUUCUAAACCUCGAUCUUUUUCAUCUCCCGAUUCAUCAGAAUACGAGAACGUCACGAACACUUCGUCUCAUUAUGAGAACGUACAGAUUCGUCUUCUGAACCCUGUCAUCCAGAGUCAACGAAAUCAGGGUUCAAGCAGUGAUACUGAUGGCUAUGUGGAUAUGAGCAGUCUGACAAGCUACCAGAGCAAAAGUCAGUCAUCUGAGCAAGAGACAGAUAGCACCUACACUUUCUGUUCUCCUAAUGUGAGGCCUGAUGGAACAGUGGGUGUGUCUGUGGGUGUGGCUUGUACACAAGAGAAGACAAAGACACUUGACAAAAUGACUAUCAGUUGCUCCAGGGCAUUUUAUAAUGCUAAAGAGCUGCUCGACAGCGAGGCACAGCACGUUGGGGCUUUACAACUUCUCUUUGAGACUGUUAAAGCAGAUGAGAGGCUGAUGAAGGUGUGGACAGAGAUACCCGAUAUUUAUUCUCUCCACCAAAAUAUACACACACUACUAGAGACCCACAUGAAAGAAUGGCAUCAGAAUGAAGGGAUUGCUGAAAUCAUCCUGGCAAAGAAAACAGAGUUUUACCUUUUCUCCUCUUUCAUCAGUAACUAUGAUGAAAAACUCAAUUAUGUGGAACAUAUAAAAAGCACACUUUCAGAUGCAAUGAGCCUGAAAAAGCAGUUGCUGGUGGUCAUUGUGCGCAUCUUGCAGUACCGUAUGCUACUGACAGACUAUGUGAAUAAUCUCUCACCAGACUCCAAGCAGUACCAAGACACACAAGAUGCUUUGGUGGUGGUCUCUGAUAUUGCUUAUCAGGUUAAUGACAGCCUCAAGAAUGGAGCGGAUCUCUUGCGAUUGGUCAAUAUUGAGCACAGUGUUCUUGGUUUGACAGAUCUCAUUCAGCCUGGGAGAGUGUUUGUUAAAGAGGGCACCCUGAUGAAGGUCAGCAGGAAGUGCAAGCAGCCACGUCACCUUUUCUUGAUGAAUGACUUAAUGUUGUACACAUACCCUCAGCAAGAUGGUAAAUACAGACUCAUCAACACAUUGCCACUGACUGGAAUGGAGGUCGGUAAACCACCUAUAGAAAAUGCAUUGAAGAUAGCAGUAAAGGACAUUAGCAUCACCCUGUCUGCUGGCUCUUGCGUCGAGAGAGAUGGUUGGUUCGCUACACUUAACCGGACAUUUGUGGAUCUUGGCCCGGUGUCAGGGGGCCCAGUUGGCUGUCUUGAGUUAUUGGAGGGGCAAGAGAUGUGUCUGGGCGAGAAUGCUCCGCCCCUCCUGUCUGUUUCCCAGGUGACAGCUUGCAUGAACUGUCCGUCUCAUUUCAGUCUGACAAACAGACGACAUCACUGUCAUGCAUGUGGAAAGGUUGUUUGCAAAGAUUGUUGCAGAAACAAAUUUCCCCUUAAAUACAUGAAGAACAGACGAGCCAAAGUAUGUGAUUAUUGUUACACUGAGCUCUGUAAGAACGAUGUUGUCACUGUAGUGGAGGGCACCAACAGGCCGCUCUCUGCCAUGUUCCAAAACAUUCAUCCAUCCAGUCUGUGGAGAAGCCGUAAGGGUCAGAUGUCUUUUAACCAGGUGACAGGGGCCGAUGGUGUGAUGAGUGGGACCCUGCAGCGUUACAAAAACAGCAAGAGAAGUUGGAGAAGCUUGUGGUUCCUCUUAAAAGACAAAGUUCUCUACACGUACCCACAGCCUGAGGAAAGGCUUGCGUGUGAGACUUUACCUCUGCUGGGAUUCUCCGUGAGGUCAGAGGUUGAAGGUGAGAGCAGUGUGUUCCAGCUGUACCACAAAAGCACACUCUUCUACACUUUCAGGGCCCAAGACAGUCACACUGCACAGAGAUGGGUCGACGCCAUGGAAGAGGCUACGGUCCUAUAGAAUAAGCUGUCUUGGUUGUGCCAUCUUUCAUUUCAGCAGUUAUAUCUGUCACUGAGUAAUGCAUUUAAACGUCAAACUUACUGUGUGACCAACAAGAUUGAAUGAGUCUAAGUGUGGAAUCGUUGAUCUCUGUAAACGUGACGCAACAUACAUAUUUUUGAAAUGGCAAGGGAACAAAAUGCUCACACUCAGACAUGCAUCUUGUGCCAAAUUCUUUUUCCAAAGACCUUGUCGUUGAGCUGUGGACCAGCUUGUUACUAUUCAUUUUUCAACAGUUUAAAACCAAUCGCAUAUAGCUGAACCUAACCUAACCAACAGACUUCUAAGUGUUAUUUUACUAAACACAUUAUUAUACUGUAUAUAAUAUAUUAUAUAAUAUCUUAGAGCUUUAAACAAUUUUGAAUAUAAGUGAAAGCUAUGAAAAUAUGAGGUCAUGACAGCUGGUGGAAUUUAAAACUUUUAACUUCAAUCAAUGACCUGUCUUUUUUUUUUAAUAUUUAUAAUACUGUCUAAACUAAUGUAUUUUAUUUAAACAAUGACAAAUGUUGUCAUAAAGCAACAGAGCUGGAAUUCUUGUUGCAUUUCUGGUGAUCUAAUUAUGCAUUUCUUUACCUUGCUUCCACUGUAACAGACUAUAAUAGAAUUAACUUGCAAUGUAGAAUAUCUGAAAUGUCCAUGGCAGAAAAUGUUACAAUCAGCAAUUUCAUAAGAACUAAAAAACAUAUUUUUAGUCAUUUAAUAUUUAUGUGUUUUUCAUUUGUGUAGUUCUCUCACAAAUGAAGCAAAAUGUUAAGGUAAGAGGAAGAAACUUUGAAAGCAACUAUUCUCACCACCUGCAUAUUUAUGUUAACUGUAUAACUUUUAUCUGGACACCUCAGCAGUUUACAGACCUAUUUUACUGACAGCCAGGUUGUGUCCGCAGAGAAUGAUUUUUUGAGAUAAGAUUCUGUGAUUAAAUAGCUUCAACUGAGUAAUUAAAGAGUAUAUUACGCAUUGAGUCUGUGUGUGUGUGUGUGAGGAAUGUGAAAAAAAACGUUGCCCUCCUUCCAUGUUCCCAAGAGUCUGUGUGACCCAGAACAGAGUGAGAGAGCACGGACGUGAGAGGAGUUUGUUUUCUGGAGUACCUGAAAGUUACGGGCACCUUGCCCCAAAUAAAAGAGAAACAUUUAUCAUUCAA